CGUGGUCAGCUCGGCGGCGGGCGGAAAGCGGAAGUGUGACCGUGAGGGGACCCGGGGGGGGGCGGCGGCGCGACCCCCCCCCCCCCCCACCCCGCCGGUACCGGCGUGGUGAGUCCUGAACCGCCCCGGAACCGCCCCCGAACCCUCCCGGUACCGGCGUGGGAUGGCCGUGACCUAAGCCCGGUGCGAUGGAGCGGCCCCGGUACCGGGAGGCGGCCGCCGGGGGGAGCGGGCCCGGGGGGGGCUCCAGCGCCGCCUGGAACGGGACCUGCGGCCACCCCCCCGCUGCCACCGGCGCCACCACCGGCACCGGCACGGCGGGGGGCGACGACGACGAGAGCGGCGAGCGCGACACUCCUGUCCCCGGCCCCGGUGGCGACCCCGGUCCCGGGAGUGUCCCCAACUCCGGGAGUGUCCCCAAAACCGAGGGUGUCCCCAACUCCAGGAGUGUCCCCAACCCUGUGGGUGUCCCCAACUUCGGGAGUGUCCCCAAGCCUGAGGAUGUCCCUGAGGGUGUCCCCAACCCCAGGAGUGUCCCCAGCCCUAGCAGUGUCUCCGGUCUUGGGAGUGUCCCCAACCCCGGGAAUGUCCCCAACCCCAGGAGUGUCCCCGGUCCUGGGAGUGUCCCCAACUCCGGGAGUGUCGCCAGCGCUGGGAGUGUCCCCGGUCCUGGGAGUGUCCCCAGCUCCGGGAGUGUCCCCAACUCCGGGAGUGUCCCCAGCGCUGGGAGUGUCCCCAAUCCCGGGACCCCCAGGAGUGUCCCCCACCCUGAGGGUGUCCCCAACCCCGAGAGUGUCCCCAACUCCAGGAAUGUCCCCACCCCCGGGAGUGUCCCCAACCCUGAGGGUGUCCCCAGCUUUGGGAGUGUCCCCAACCCCGGCAGUGUCCCCUCCCCCGGGGGUCGCUGCGGCUGCCGCUGCCCCCCGGCCGCUCCCCCGAGCCCCUCCCGGGACCUCCCGUGCGGCCUCGGCUGCCGCCACCGGCGACCCCCGGAGGACCCCGGCGACCCCCGCAAGGCGCGGCAGCGGCGACCGCGACAACGCCACGACGAGCCCGGCGACACCGGGAGGGGACAGCGGGGGUCCCUGCAGGUGGCCCGGGCGGGGGUCGCGCUGUGCCUGCGCCUGCUCGGGGCUCUCCUGGCGCUGCUCUUCCUCCUCCUCCUCCUCCUCCUCGGGGGGCUCCGCUCCUUCCUCCGCGGCGCCUCCGCGGGGCUCCGCCGCUCCCGGGAGCUUCUGGCCGAGCGGUUCCGCCGGCGGGCGAGCCACGGAGGUGGCGGUGGCGAGGAGGAGGUGACACGUUUGGUGACAAUGGCCGAGGUGGCCGAGGAGGAGCUGGACCCGUUCCGGGUGCUCGGCGUGGAGCCCACGGCCAGCGACACCGAGCUGCGGCGGGCGUACCGGAGGCUGGCGGUGCUGGUGCACCCCGAUAAAAGCCGCGACCCCCGGGCGGAGGCGGCGUUCAAGGUGCUGCGGGCGGGCUGGGAGCGGGUGAGCAGCCCCGAGAGGCGGCGCGAGUACCAGGCGAGGCAGCUGGCGCAGGGGGAGCUGGCGCGGGCGCUGGGCGCGUUCCUGGGCCGGCUGCAGGAGGAGCUCAGGGACGCCAUGGACGCCAUGGGCUGCACCCGCUGCGGGGGGCGCCACAGGCGGUUCCAGCUGGACAGGGACCCCCGCGGUGGCCGCUGGUGUGCCCCGUGCGGGGGGUGGCACGUGGCUGAAGAAGGUGACCUGUGGGCGGAGUCCAGCCUGCUGGGCCUCAAGGUCACCUACCUGGCCUGCAUGGACGGCCACAUCUACGACGUCACCGAGUGGGCGGGCUGCCAGCGCGUGGCCAUCUCCCCGGACAGCCACCGUGUCCCCUACCACCUGUCCUUCGGCGCCAGGACAGCCACGCCGGCCGGACGCCAGCGGGCUCCCCCCAAGGGCAGCCCCCCGACCCCCGCUGACCUCCAGGAUUUCCUGGCCCGCGUUUUCCAGGGAAAUCCGGGCGAGGCCGGGGGGGCUUUCCCCGCCCCCCCGGGGGCUGCGGGACCCCCCCAGGGACCCCCCCAGCCCCAGGGGGGCCCCCCCAGGGGGGACACGAAGCACAAGAGGAGGAAGAAGGGGCGGCGGCCGCUGCCGCGCUGAGGAGACCCCCGACCCCCACCCCAAAAAAAAAGGGCUUGGAAUAAAAAAAAUCUAUUUUUUUCUUUUUUUUCGGGUUUUUUAAAGAAAAA